AUGUAUGGUGUUUCAACAAAUGUUUCGAAAGGUGAAUCUGGUGUUUUAUGUGGUGUUAUCAUGUUUGUUCCGAAAGGUGUUUCGAAAGCAGUUGAGAAGGCAGUUUCAAACGGAGUUUCGACUUCAGUCAAAUAUGGUGUUUCGACAGCAGUUGACAAGGCAGUUUCAAACGGAGUUUCGACUUCAGUCAAAUAUGGUGUUUCGACAGCAGAUGAAAAUGGUGUUUCGAAAGCAGCUGAAAAUGGUGUUUCGAAAGCAGUUGAAAACGGCGUAUCGAAUGCUGUUAAAUAUGGAGUUUCUUCAAAUGUUGUGAAUGGAGUUUCCUCAGCAGUAAAAUAUGGUGUAGAAAAUGGUGUAUUUGCGGCUGUGAAAAAUGGAGUUUUUUCGGCUGUUGAAUAA